CAUGCAUGAGGCGGAUGCGGUACCACCUGAAGGACUCAACACACUUGUCAGAUUCUGCGAACAUAAUGGAUGGGAACUGAUUGUGUCAACGGACUCCAAUGCCCAUCAUCCGCUAUGGGGAAUGGAAGCAAACAACAAUAGAGAGGGACCGGAACAAAAUGAUUGGAAUCAUUCAAAAAUCGGACUGCGUUAAGGGUGUGGUCAGUUGUCAGUGUGAAUUGGGUCGAGAGAAGUUGAUUACAGCACCACCAUUCAAAUGUUUUACCACCUCGAGGGAAGAUCCGUCAUCAAGAUAUAAAACUGCACCCUGUGCUAGAGAUGCAGAAAAAUUUAAAUGCCCUACAAGUCACAUACUGACAACAUUCAAAUCUCCCCUUCAUCCCAAUGAAGUGUAUCAAAAAGUCUUCCCCGCUAAUACGCCAGUUCAAUAUGUUAAAAGAAAAUUGGCAAAACUGCUAUCAGUUUCCAAUAGCAAUUUACUGCUAGCCAAAAAUCGAGAUGUUCUAAAGGACACUAGUCUAUUAUCAGAUUUAAAUCCUGAUCCCCAAGGGAAUCUAGCAUUAGACGUAUACACAAAGGAUGCUGAAGAGUUUUCCUUGAAGGCUAUACCAAAUGAAUCCUUCGUCCAUGAACUUCUUCAAUCAAUCAUUCCAAAGAAGAAAACUAUGGCGUUCAUUGCGAUUAAAUUUAACAUUCGUAAUCAAAGCGCAAUAUUUACUAGAUCAUAUCACUCGAUCAUGAAAAUACAUGAAGUUAAAAAGAAUCUUGGUGGAUUAUUCCAAGUAGAUCCCAAUAAUAUAAUUUUACUAAGAGAGGAUCAUCCACUUAAAGAUCGAAUGGCACUUCUAGAUUUAGAUUAUGACAACUAUGGGAAUGUAGAAGUUGAGCUGUUAAUGAAGGAUAACGUAAAGUUGAAUUUGGACAAGCUUUAUAAAGAAAUUCCUUUAAACGAUAUCAUAUCGGUCUGCGUACCUUUCGGAUCGAGACAUAAACAUAUUAAUGUCGAGAUCUUCUCGAAGCCUAUGAAGAAACCAUUCCUAGGGGGUUUUAGAAAUGUCCACACAGGAGCUGUUUACCAUCAUGCCUAUACGCAGACACCGCAGAAGCCAGAAAAAUUGCUACCGGAGAACAAAACCUGCCGUGAUACACAAACUGCUGAAAUGCGAGAAAAAAUCCACGAUACACCGUAUAGUCGGGCUACUCAAAUGAAUACAGUCCAGGCUUAUAUACCAAACGUGACUGACAAAAUCGUAAUACCAAAGCCUUACGAAACGUACGAUGAGAUGAUAACAAGAUUGAAUCACGCUCAUUAUGCUACUGUGAUUCAGCGCAGUUUCAGACAUUAUCAAUUCAGACAAAAGGUCCACAAUUGGUUAAAUCAAUGCAUGGAGAGAAUUCGCAAAAUUAAAGAAGAAGAAAGAUUAGAGCGUGAAGCUAUUGAACGAAGACUUAAAAGAGAUUUGAUUACAAAAACAUAUCCGAAAACAAGAGAAGAUUUUGAUCAACUUUAUUCAAUGGUGGAUCGUUGGAAACACGCUGAAAUUGCAAGAAUAUCACAACUACAUUCUAAAGGGCCUAAGAUAGCUGAAUUUACACUUCUUUUAGACAAAGAAGUAGAGUUACUACGUUGUAUUGAAGAUUACAGAAUUAAAGUUAAGGAAGAUGUUAGAAAAAUUAAAGAAAAGAAGUUUUUAGAAGAACUAUCCAAACCCGUUGCGUGGUACGGGCGCGAUGGAAAACUCAUAACUAUGGACACUAUUGAAAUUCAGAGAGCUAGAAAACUUAAGGAAUUGUACUGUUCAUUUCUACGUGACGACAUGGAAACAAACGAAAGAAUGGAAUUACUUGUAGACAUGAAGUAUGCCUUACAGGAGUUUCGACAUCCUUUAGCUGAGGAUAUAAUAUCGCUUUUAGACAGAGAGUGUGACCUACUGAUUAGACGCUGUAAUGAUCACCAGCUUGCAUUUCUGAGGCGAAGAAUAUCAACGUCUAUAUUUCAAUUACUCAAAACAUCUGAACUCAAUUCGGGUGUAACAAAAUGUAAAGAUAUUCGAGACUAUAGAGAAAUGCAAAAUCAUAGAUUACACUUUUGCGAAAUGUGCCACCAAGUGAAAAUUUAUAAAGACUUCCCACUGAAUGCUAAAAUGACAGGUUUCUUUGUAUGUACAUCGUGUUCAUGGAAAGAUGUCAAUGAGAGAUCUUGGGUCGACAUGACUCCUUACAAAUUUAUAUUGAGGGCUGUCCAGCGCGAUGAGAGAAGGCGAAAAUGUUGGGGUUCGUUGGCAUUUGUUUUGCAAGAGAAGGAUAUAUAUUUCAUAGUAGAAAAGUUGUGGCACGCACACUCGGCUAUCAGUGAAUGCAGUGAUUUAUUUGAAUUGAGAUUAUGCCGUUGGCGAGUCGAGGAAGACUGGUCUCCAUGGAAUUGUUUUCUUGUAACCCUACAGGAAAUGAAGGCUCACAUUAAACUUGAACACCCAGAGGACGUCUACGACGAAGAACUUGUGCAGAAAGUGCUGACCAUACACAAACUGGCAAAGGCUGAUUUUGAGCAACUUUUAGUUGUAAAUAAGCACUUCACUGAGAGUGGUGAUUGGACUAACGUAAAGGCUCCUGCUGUAGCUAGAGUAAGUGCCGUCGAUAGAAUUUAAUUUAAUAACUCCUUUUUAUUUAUUAAAUUGCAAAUCAUGUUACAAUAUACAUACCUACUUUUUUACGUGUUAUUAGUAUUAACUUUUAU